GUUUAUUUAUUGAUGAUAUAUCAUACUAUAGAGAAUCAAAUCACUGGCCUAUAUUUACAGUUGUUGUUAGUCUCAUUGAUAUAGCUUUAUUGCUUUUUACGAUUGUUAUUAAUAACGAUAUUGUUAACAUAAAAGAAAAUCAUUUAGCUGGUCCAUCAACAUUGACUUUAAUACGAACAGGCGCCAAAUUUGUGCCGUGUCCUACUAUUGAUAGUCUACGAUAUUCUUCAACUAUUUGUUCAUCUAUACCAUUUUCAAAUGGGACAUGUCUAUAUGAUGAUCUUCUUAAAUAUCAAUGUAACGCUCAAGCUUUAGCUGUAGAACAAUCAAAUGAAGUAAGAGUCAAUGGAAGCCAACAGAAAGAAAGAGAAGGACAACCGAUAGUCAUGAUAUCGCCAAUUGUUGACGUAGAUACUCAACAACAACAAACAAAAGAUGCUAUAAAAAUACCGAAAGUAAAUAAAAGUAGUUUGAUUAUCGCCACUCCACGUUCCGGUAGUGGUCAAAUUAGUUACUUUUUGGCAAAAAAAUUCGUUGGUUAUUUUAUUUCAACUUUUUUAGAAACGUCCGUUAGUGCUCAAACGAAUGAUGAAUCGAGAGGAGCGCGUCUUGAUUCUGGAUUUGAAAAAAUGAGUUCAUUUCAAACACCUAAUGGCAGUGGUACAAUUAGUGAACAGCCGUGUGAAAGUAUGAGACCACCGGGAAAAAUUUAUUCAAUAAGUAAACCUGGGAAGAAACUGAAUUUUUCAUUGCUUGUUGAUGGUUCAAAUGCCUUACGGUCGUCACAUCCAAUGAAACAAUUGAAAGAUCAAUAUAAUGAUCUGUAUGUUGAGCACUUCCAACUACAAAACAAAUACGGAAAACUAUUAGAUGAUUAUAAUUUAUUACGUGCAAAUACGCUACUCGCUCCUAAUGUUGAAGCUAUAGAAUGGAUAUGUGAAUUAUGUAACUUUUUUGUUCGUGAAAAAGUAACUCCAGAGCAGUCGGCUGAAUUUGAACAGCUGCUCGGUUUAGAUGGUGAUUUACUGUUACAUUCAUGUCAGAAAAGAAGUAUUACCAGUGCUGCUCGUGAAAUAUUUCGUCGAACUCAUCCCGAUAAAGAAAAGAGAAAAAAGAUACAGCCAACGGAUGUUUCAACGGUGUAG